AACUAUUGAGGUUCUACUCAUUUCAAAUUCAAAAAAAUACUACUGUGAGAAACCAAGAGUUGCUCUCUGUCUGGAAUACUGUCCCCAGCUCUGCAGUUGGCUGCUGCGGGCCGGCCAGGUUUUUGGGUGGUUUUGAUGUGCACGCAUGUUGCACAUGUGGACUCCUGAGGAAGAUUAAAUAAAUAAUUCAGUUUUGAUGAAGAAGAAACCAAAGAGGCCUCUAGACUGCCCGGCCUGCUAUGGGAUGGACGAAGACGAUAAUCACUAUGUCUCACAGCUCAAGGAUGUCUACAGCAGUUGUGACAGCACAGGGACAGGCUUUCUGGACCGAGAGGAGCUGACCCAACUCUGCCGGAAGCUCCACCUGGAGAAGCAGCUGCCUGCCCUCCUGCAUACUCUACUUGGAGACAACCACGUUACCAGGGUCAACUUCGAGGAGUUUAAGGAAGGGCUCGUGGCUGUGCUGUCGUCCAAGGCUGGUGGCAACUCCAUCAGUGAAGAAACUGGUUCUUUGCAAUCAGCUGCCUCCAAUGCUGUCCCACCAAAGUAUGUGAGUGGCUCCAAGUGGUACGGCCGUCGGAGCCAGCCAGAGCAGAGGGCUUCUGCCACCAAAGCCAGAUGCGGACCAGAGCAGCAGACCAGGGCCGGCUUGAAGAGCCAGCUCCGCCGCUUCAUGUCCCUGGAGAGUGUGGAGAGUCUCAAGUCCGAUGAGGAAGCCGAAAGUCCUAGAGAACCUCAGGAUGAGCUGUUCGAAGCCCAAGGGCAGCUGCAAACCUGGGGCUCCGAGGUCUUUGGGAGCCCUCAGAAGUCCUGUAGCCCCUCCUAUCCCUCAUCUGAGAGCCAGGUCCAGAUCAUCUGGGAGCAGCUAGGAGUUGGUAGCCGUGGUCACCUGGAUGAGCAGGAGCUGGCUUUUGUCUGUCGGAGCAUUGGGCUCCAUGGACUCAAGAAAGAGGAGCUCAAAGACCUGUUCCACAAACUGGAUCAAGAUGGUGAUGGCAGAGUGAGUCUCGCAGAGUUCCAGCUUGGCCUGUGCAGUCACAAACCCAUGCUGCUUCCAGAAUCUUCUACUCCAGUCAAACCAAGCUGGCCCUGGUCCCAUUGCCAGGUGCAGGUCCCAGAGGAGAGCGGCUGUCACACAGCCACCACUACCUCCUCCCUUGUGUCCAUGAGCUGUGGCCUGCGCCUCUUCUCCAGCAUCGACGAUGGCAAUGGUUUUGCCCUUCCAGAGCAGAUCAUCACCACCUGGGCCCAGGAGGGCAUCCAUAGUGGCCGGAAGAUCCUGCAGAGUCUGGACUUCAGCCUGGAUGAGAAGGUCGACCUCCUGGAGCUAACCUGGGCCCUAGACAAUGAGCUCCUGACAGUUGACAGUACCAUUCAUCAGGCAGCCCUGGCCUGCUACCGCCAGGAGCUCAGCUACCACCAAGAGCAGGCAGAGCAGCUGGUGCAGGAGCGAAACAAGGCCAGGCAGGAUCUGGAGCGGGCCGAGAGGAGGAGCCUGGAGCUCGUGAGGGAGAUGGAUGAUAGCCAUGCCGCCCUGGAGCAGCUCACGGAGCAGAAGAUGGCGCGCCUGGAGCAGGACUACCGAGGAAGGCUGAGCCUCCUGCGGGCAGAGGUAGAGGCAGAGCGGGAGCUGAUCUGGGAGCAGGCCUGUAGGCAGAGUGCCAUACUGGAGCAGGACCUGGACCACCUGCGGGCUGAGGAGGCCGGCCUGCGCCACAGGCUGGGACUGGCAGCAAAGGAAAACAGCCGGUUACAGCAGGAGAUCCUGGAGGUGGUGAGAAAGCUUUCAGAUUCAGAGAAGCUGGUCCUGAAACUGCAGGGUGACCUGGAGUUCGUGCUGAGAGAAAAGCUGGAGCCACAGGGCGUGGAGCUCCAGGCCCAGGAGGAGCGGUCUGCAGCUGUCUUGAAGGAAUACAAGCUCAAGUGCCGGGACCUACAGGACCAGAACGAUGAGCUGCAGGCCGAGCUGGAGAGCCUGCGGGUGCAGCUACCCCAGAGUCGGAGUCGGAGUUGGCAACGCCCUGCUGGGCAUGCAGGACACCGUGCAGCAGGUGUGUUCGUGGACAACUCCAGUCCAGUGAGCCUAGAAACGGAGAUCAUGGUGGAGCAGAUGCGGGAGCACUGCCAGGAACUCAGGACCCAGCUGGAGGCCAAGGUGAAUUCCUAUGAGCGGGAAAUCGAGGCCAUGAAGAACAACUUUGAGAAGGAGAGGUUGGAGCUACAGCAUGCGCAGCGGCAGGAGGUCGCAGUGCUGGAGGCACAGAGAGCAGACCUGGAGGUGCUGUGUGCCAAGUCACAGGAAGUCAUCCUGGGCCUGCAGGAGCAGCUACGGGACUCAGCAGGUGGCCCUGAGCUCUCUCGGGCUGGCCUAACCUCCUGCUGUGCACCAGUGCUCUGUGACCUGGCCCAGCGGCUGGACGAGCACGUGCGGUGGCAGCACCAGGGCGAGCUGCGGCAGAUCAGGCAGGAGGCAGCAGAGGAGCUAAGCCGGACACUGUCCCGGCUGGAAGCCCAGCAUGACAUACACUGCAAGAGCCUUGUGCUACGGCAUCGGCGUGAGAAGGACCGGCUGCAGCAGGCACACCUGCAGCGGGAGGAAGAGGUGCUCGCGCACUGCCAGGAGCAGCAGCAGAGGCUGCAGGCAGCCCUGGGUGAGGAGCAGGCGGAGAUGUGCAGGUCCUUUGCCUUGGAGAGGAAGAGACUGGAGCGUGCCCACCGCGAGCAGGUGGGGGGCCUGGUCCAAGAAGCAGAAGCGCUGAGGGCCCUGCUGCGAGGCGGAGCCAUAGCGACCACGGAAAAGGAGCAGCAAGAGACACCCAGCUCCGUGUCCCCGUGCCUGGGCACCCAUGGGGGAACGCAGGAGCCAGUGGGAGAUGGGCCUGGCCAGGCCUGCUGUAUGGACACUGUGUCCAGAGGGCCCCUGGAGAGCCUCGACCACGAACAGAGCUGCUUGGGUCUGUUGGAUGCAGAGGAAGCAGCUUCUGUCUCUUGUGAGAAGAGGCCACACAUGCAGCCACCUGGGCAGAAUGAGGGGACCGACCCUGAGGAGCCACCACCUUCUGCAAGGGCCACAGUGAGCCUGAGCUGGCCUGAUGUCCAGGAGCCCUCAGGGGAUGCAGGGGAAGAUGGUAUCCUGCAGAUCACGCUCCAGCACCACCCAGGGUCCCUGCCACCCCACCCUGAGUUCCCACACCCAGCAGGAGAAACUGAGGCAGACAUGGUGGAGAAAGAGAAGAAUGACAUGAAAAUCAAACUUUUACAGCUGGAAGAUAUUGUUCGGGCUCUCGAGAGAGAAGCAGAUUUGAGAGAGAAUGACAGGGUGGUACUCCAGAGGCUUUCUGAAGAAAAUGGUUUGUUGAAAAAUGACCUGGAGAGGAUUCAGCAGAAACUUGGAGCUGCAGAGCACAUGAGUGACUUGCAGAGGCAGGAGAUUGAGGCUCUGAAGAGAGACAAGGAGAAGGUCUGCUUUGAAAUGGACGAGCUCAGCAUCCAGAACCAGAAAUACAAGAAUGAAGUGUCACAGCUCAACUGCAGGGUCCUUCAGAUGGAAGGGGUCGCUUCCACCCAUCAAGCCCAGAAUGAGGAGAACCUCGCAGCUGCUCGACUAUUAACACAGAAGCUGGAGGAAGUGGGGCGCCGUGAGGAACAGCAGUGUGCCCAGAUCCAGAAGCUUGAAGUUGAACUUGAGCAUAUGAAUCAGCAAUGUCAGAGCCUGAAACUAGCACGAUCAGAGCUGACAGAGAACCAUGAGGAAGGCCAGGACCAGCAGAAGCAGGAGCAGCUGAAUACCAGGGCAAGGCCAGCAGUAGAGGUGGAGCAACUCCUGUGGGAGAAGCUAGAUCAGUUGGAGAAGAGCACCAGAUCCGGCCUGCUGCUCAAGGAGCUCUAUGUGGAAAAUGCUCACCUCACAAAGGCUCUUCAGGUUGCUGAGCAGAAGCAGUGGGGUGCUGAGAAGCAAAACCGCAUCUUGGAGGAGAAAGUUCGAGCUCUCAACAUGCUGAUCAGCAAGCUUGCACCUGCAGCUCUCUCUGUGUAGGCUGCUUGCCUUCCUAGAAUUCACCCUAGGGAACAUCUUUUGACAUGAUACAGGAAUGCAGUGAAUGUCCGCUGCAGGGUAAUGCGCACAGGGUAGCAGGCCGCGCCCUUGUCAGUGGUCCUGGAAAACUCCCCACCGUCUGCUCCCAGUUUUGCCACUCACUGAGCUCAGGGACUCAGCAAAGAAUGACAAAGAAACAGGUGAAAUGCUUAGUGCUGUGCUUUUGUCUGGAAAACAGUGCAGAAUCAGGACUCUGUGUGCUCUUCCCAUUUCAUUGCAGCAACACUCAGAUCACAGAGGCGCUGGACGGUGAGUCCCUGUGCUCCACUGACUCCCUGUGCUGUGCACAGACAUCCUGGACUCAGGAGGGACAAAUGCCCCUUUAGGGCCUCGGUGGUAUCUGGGCAGGGCUGGUCUAACUAAGGUCUGUAGACUCAGGAUGAUGGUGUGUUGCAAAUACAAUCAUUUCCUCACUGAAACGUCAUCACACUGGAGAUUACACAUGUUGAAAAACUAUAGUUUUAUAUCUGAAACAUACAUACAUUAUGGCCAUUUGGUUUAGCAGAAUGUACUACUGUAAUGUGAAAUCACUGUAUUUUUGCCAUAAAUUCUUUUCUAU